CAAUCUUUUAAGAACACUUUUUAUGAUUAGCUAGCAGGACUGCUUGAUGUCUCGCAAAGCAAAGCGUCGUUUUGUUAUGAGGCUACCGUGAUGUUUAUUUGCAAGUUCUUCAAUGAAGCAUUAUAAAAAGUAGAUUAGUUGCUGUUAAGGAGUCACAAGAAGAUCUGUAAUACAGGUUAAGUCAUCAAUACACACAUGAAAACGAAGUGGGGCAUCAUGCAGCCUGCAUGUGGAAUGAUUUUCUGGUAAGAUGAAGCUCUAGUGUUCAGGACGGUCAAAGGAUGUCAGUGGGUGAAGUCCAGGUUACCCAGGCAUGGCUGCGUUCUCAAUGGCACAUCCAGGUCCCUCAUGCCUGGCUGGACGCUUGUGUGAACUGGAUAAAGGAGGAAGCGGAUAAUGAAUCUGUGUCUCAAACGCUGCUGAAUCAACGCGUCCUGGAGCAAUGGCUACUGACUGACCUGCGAGAUCUGUCCCACCCAGUGCUCCCCGAAAGAAUAUCGGAGGCACAGAAAACAGAACUGAACAACUGUUACUGUCUUCAGAUGGACUCCCUACUAGAUGUCAGCCAGCCUGCCUACACUCAGCUGCAGAGCAUACGGGGCACCGACUGCUCCAAUAAUGAAGUCUCGGCGGUUACGCCAGAAACGCAAAGGCCGUGGGAGGCCAAACCGACACGUAUGUUGAUGUUGCAGCUCACGGAUGGAGUGCAGAGCCUGGAGGGUAUGGAAUACCGGCCCAUUCCGGCUCUAAAUGCCAACUUGCCACCCGGGACGAAGCUACAGCUAAUCGGACCCAUCAUCGUCCGUCUCGGAGUGUUGCUUUUGAAAGCAGAGAACGUGAAGGUGUUAGGUGGGGAAGUGGAACAGUUCUUGGAGAUAUACUCUCAGAGGAAAGUGCUUUGCAGGACACUUGGUUUGCCUGAGGAGAACCAUCCACAAGCUGAGGAACCGGAUGACCAGGACCUCCUAGAAGCUGUGGUAGAUCAUCAAGUAGCUGACAGCGGCUACAGCAGCAUGGCUUCAGAAGCUUCCUUAAGACCACCUCAUCGUGAGUCACAACCCCGUCCCCAAGCGACACCCAUUUCCAGGCAAGAUGACUGGGAAAUGGAUGAAAUCCCAGAUGAUGACUUUAGAAGCAUUCCAGACAAUUUUGACGACGUUCCACAAAAUGUGGCGGAUGUUCCUGAGGACUUCGAUGACAUCCCGUUAGAGGAGCUGGAAAGUGUGAUGUCGCCUAUAGAUUCAGAAGUCAUGCCAAGCAGACAGGAACACUCGGAAAUCAAACAUCUUAAUGCAGACUUACCCAAUACUGAAGAACGAAGCCUUGUAAGUUUUAACAACAGAAACCUAAAUGAAGUUCCUGAUGUAUCCGUUGCAAGUUCCUCCAUGAAUGCAAACUUACCUGAAGAGCCAAGCCAAACUUUUCACUCUAAAAAUCUGCUUAGCAACGCCCACCGUAAUGAAGUUCCUCAAACAUCCGUUGCAACUUCCUUUACAAGCACAGCAGGAUCUUCUAGUUGCGAACGAGAUGCACCUACUCCGCCGUACCUCUGCAUGCUACAGGCUGGCCGUUGGCCGCCCGCCAAAGUUCAGGUUUUACAACUACAAGCGUUCAUUGUCACCCUAAUAGGAAAUUUGCGCAGUAGCAGUGGUGUUUGGAAACUUGGGGCCACCAUAUCAGAUGGAACCGGGUACUUAGAUGUGGAUCUGUCCGACGCCAUGCUCACCAAACUCAUCGGCUACACGGCAACAGAGGCCCGAGUGCUGAGGAAAGACCCGGCGAGACGCGGUGAGGUGGACGGUGGGAUUCUGCAUUGUCAACGAGAGCUGGUGGAUAUGUGCUGUAUGAUGAGCGUGCAGGUGGAUCAGACGGGAAAAGGAGUCGUGCUGUCUGCCAGUCCGCUCUCUAACAGGGAAUGCUCCGAGAUGCAGGAAAGAGUGAAAGCGAGGAGGAAUUAAGCUGUACUUAAUCUCUGGACUCUUUUAAGCUAAUCAGUCAGUAGUUUCAAUAAGGUUUAAGUGGAAUAACUCCAGUUUCAGUUCUCUCAGUCUGUCUAUAAUGCACAUCACUCAUAUCCGUUACAUUUCAGAACCCAGUGUGUUCCGUUUUUGUUUUGUUCGAUUUGUUCUUUUUAUGUUAAUGUAACAGAUGUAUGAAUGUAAUUUAAUAAAUGUAAAAUAAUUUCAGCA